GUGCGUGUUUAUUCAGCGGGCGUCCUUGUUAACGUACAGACGCGAAAAUGAGCGACAAACAACGGUACAGGUCGUACCCGAAAGUGGAUUUCGAGAAGCACCAAUUCGACGAUCCGCUAACGAUCACUUACAAGUUAUUCGUUAAAGAAAAUGGCGACCAACCGGUUCGGUUGGUCGCCAUUUUCUUUACCACCAUUUUCUUUCACGGGUGGACCUCAAGUGAAAAAUCCCCAUGGUACGACUUAAUAAAACAGGCCUAUUUCCAAAAAGCCGAUCACAAUAUAAUCUUCGUGGACUGGUCCACCUAUGGUAACAUGUCUUACCACGUGUCCUCCGCCAAUGUGAAACCGGUAGGGGACGCCAUUGCGAAUUUUUUAAUACAAACUCGCUUACGCCCCGAUAAAAUUCACUUGAUCGGUUAUUCCCUGGGGUCCCAGUUGGCCGGUUUCGUCGGUAAGGCAUAUGAGAACCUGGGGGGUAAGAAAGUGGGUCGGAUCACCGCCUUGGACCCGGCCGGACCCAUGUGGGGCAAACACGAGCUGGAAGAACGUUUGUGCCAAACAGAUGCGGAAUUUGUCGAUGUGGUGCACACGGACAUACAGAUGUUCGGAUACACGAAUCCGUGCGGACACGUGGAUUUUUAUCCUAACGGGGGCACCGAUCAGCCUGGAUGCGAGGGCACGAGUCCCGAAGAAAAUUGCAACCAUCGACGUGCCCCAGCCUUGUUUAUCGAGUCGAUUAAUAGUCAAAUUGUGGCUACGGAAAUCGACAUUUAUGAAGACGAGCAGCUGAAUGUCGUGAUAAACCGUAGGGAGAACCCUAAAAGGGUCGUGUUUGGUGAGGGUUGCGACCCCGAGGCCCGAGGGGUCUUUUAUUUCGAAACUAGGGCCCACCGGCCCUAUUUGAAUCCCAGUUGGCAAGAAAAUAAAUGAGCACUUUUUAUAUAUUA